AUGCAAAGUGUGCACGGUAGGAAGGACCGUAAAAUAAUUGUGCUAAAUGAGUUCAAUCAACCCAUUGGUCCCACUAAGGAAGUUAUGAAAGAGUUGGGUAGCUUCCUCGGCACAUUGGGAAGGAAUGAGACCUUUUGUCCUCUUAAUGUAUUUGAUUGGAGGAAACUAGACAAAAAAGAUGAUAUUUGGAAAUAUGUCAAGGAAAAAUAUGAUAUUCCUGAAGAGGCGAAGAAUUGGGUUUUUGAUUCAGUUUGUACUGCUUGGAGAAAGUAUAAAAGUCAGUUGAAGAAAAAGCACUUUGAUACAUAUGAGAAUUACGAGCUUCGAAUGCAGAAUAGGCCACAAAAUGUUCCUGUGUCUCACUUUAAAGAUCUUCUAGACUAUUGGAACUCCGAUGCCGCCAAGAAAAUGUCUGAAACCAAUAUCGAGAAUCGAAAAAAGUUGAAGCAUCCACACACUGCUGGAAAAACAAGUUUUGCUCAAAUCAUCGAGGCUGAAAUGGAGAGAAUACAAUCCACUCAAGAAAGUGGAGAUGGUAUUGAUUCAGUUGACGCGUUUGCAUCAGUGAUGGGACCUGGGCACCCAGGUCGGGCAAGAUUGUAUGGACGAGGAGUCAACAAAACUGUCUUAAAAAAGAAAAAAGGAGAUUUUGGAUCCUCUGUAAAUGCUACUGAUGAGAGAAUGGAACAAAAAAUGGAGGAAAUGGAAGAGAGGAUGCAACAAAAAUUGUUGGAAAAGCUCAAUGCACAAAAGGAAAAAUUGCUGGAAGAGCUCAAUGCACAAAAGGAUGCUAUGGAACAAGAUAUUACGAUGAACGUCGUUACACGACUUCAACGUCUCAACCCCGAUUUAAGACUUGAUCCUGACAUGCUAAUAUUCAGUGCUCGUGCACCUGGAGAAGCUGCUUCUGCACAACAAGGUGCUAUUCAACCAAUCAAUCGUCCAUCCGCUGGCAGUAACAACCAAGGUUAG